AUGUCCCAGCGUCCUCCCAUGUCUGCCCGUCCUGCUAGUAGGACUUUGCUUAACCUAGGCAAUCUCCCGCCGAAACAUGAUCACUUUAAGGGCGAUUCGAACUAUCCUCGCACUGCCUCGCGUGUCGAUCCCAACAACCCACCGUGGCCGGCGUACCGUGGCUAUCACGAAUACUCGUUUGCGCAUGAGACCAUGGGCAAGCGUCUCCCGACCAUUCUUGGCAAGGCUAUUGAUGAUGUGUACAAGACGCUCAACGAGCAGUGGGAUGAGGAGCGGAUUGUGGAUCUUCUGCAGUGCAUUGAGCGUAUGCAAGGUCUCAAAGAGGAGCUGCAGACCAACCAGAAGCUUCGCCCAAUCAAGGACGAUGGCGAGGGCGAUGUGCCGCUGUGGAACAAGGCCAUUGCCAAGUACUUCCGCGACAAGGACUUUAUGAAUGCGCCAUGGCUGUUCGCCGAGGCGUACAAGUACCGCCGUCUGCAUGAGUGCUUCUCCAUUUCGCGCUACUGGGAGAAGUACGAUGUAUUUUUCCGGCAGAAGUGCGAUACGUUCGGUCGUUCUGGUGCGGCCGUGUUUGAGCUAUCGACGCGCUUUGCCGUACCGCCCACGGUGCCUGAGGGCAUCUCGGCGGAGGAGCGUGAGUGUAUGCGUCAGCUGCUUUUCCUGGAGCUUACGCAAAUCUCGCUGUGGGGCAAUGCCACGGACUUGUCGCUGCUCAUUAACAUGACAGAGGAGGAUAUUAAGAAAAUUCAGUCGACAGGUGGCGAGCAUCUGGCUGCGACAGAGAAGAACAUUCUCGGUAACCACUUGAUGCGCUUGUGGGAGCUGGUUAGCAAGAUCCAGAAUGGCCGCAUUGAUUUCGUCCUGGACAAUGCCGGUUUCGAGCUGUACUGUGACUGUGUGUAUGCUGACUGGCUUGUCCAGGCAGGCAUUGCGCGGGAAGUGCACUUCCAUGGUAAGCGGAUCCCGUGGUUUGUCUCCGACGUGACACGCAAGGAUUGGAGCUGGCUGCUGAAUACCAUGACUUAUGGCGCCCUCUUCGCUGAUGCGGAUCCUGCGGAGAUUGAGUCGUUGCGUACGAUGGGCCGUCGUUGGAAGCAGUACGAGAAGGAGGGCAAGUGGAUUUACGAGCAGCACCCCUUCUGGUGCUCAGGCUACACAUUCUGGGAGAUCUCGACAGAGGCGCCGGAUCUGUUCCAGUGCCUGUGCGAGAGCAACCUGGUGAUUUUCAAGGGCGACUUGAACCACCGCAAGCUGACGUACGACUGCCAGGCCCCGACAUCGACGCCCUUCGAUGUGGCGAUUGGCCCGCUGGCUAGUGAAGAAGGCGCGCCGCCUGUUGCCUCGCUGCGUACGAUCAAGUCGGAUGUCGUGGUUGACGUGCCUCUGGACGUCUCGCAAAAGCUCGACGAAGAGGAGCUGGGCUGGCGCAUCUCCGGCAAGUACGCUGUGGUGCUGCUGAGCGAUGGCCAGGCGGGCAAGGCGGCGAAGAGCACUGCCUAG